UUCAGCGCGGGUUUCGUGAGCCGCUCAUUGAAAGUACAUUCACCAGUGUGAUUUGAGAAGGCGAAAAGAUUGGUAGAAUUAGCCGGACGAUAUAAACGCAAUAACGAUCAGAGUGGCAAAGCACACAAACUAUAGGCCCACAGUGUCACCAACAACAAAAAGAACUACUAACACUACACUACCAACAACUCCAUCAAUAUCACUCAACAGUAGAGCGAAAACUGCCAGCUAACAAACGAACGAACUAACCAACCAACCAACCAGUCAAGUCAUUCCAGAUACAGUAGCAAAAACGUCCAUUUGUAAUUUUUUCCAUAUGUAAUUGCAAUACACAUGCGGCGAAGUUUUUGACGAGAAUAGGCUAAACAGAAGCUGCAGUGAAAUAAAAAUUGAAGUGCAGUAGCGCGUACGAGGGUGAAAUUAAAAGAAAAGUGAAUAAAAUAAAUAUACAAAAUAGAAAAUAAAAAUUGAGAAAGUGCAACACAAUUUAAAUGAAUAAUUAAACAAAAAUUCUAAAGUAAAAUAUUUGAUUUUAAAAGUACUUAGAAAGUCAAGGCUUCUUCUAUAAAUGGAAUGAAUUUACUUCUGAAUCAUUCAAAAUUCAAAAGUUGAAACGCAAAAACAAACAAAGCGAAAAGAGAGAAAAUCACAAGAACUGAGCGACGCACGUUUGGAGGCAAAUUAGAUACCAAGGAAAGGAGAUUCGUUGUUUAAUUAGUGCUUGAGAGGAUUACGGCAACAAGAUGGCCCUCUAUGGGAUGGUCUCAGCCGUUUCCGGCUUUGUAAAAAUUCGAAAUCUUUUGGAUCGUGCCGUUAUUGACAAUAUGGUUUUUCGCUGCCACUACAGAAUUACCACAGCGGUUUUAUUUGUUUGCUGUAUCAUUGUAACGGCGAAUAAUUUGAUUGGUGAUCCCAUCGCCUGCAUCAAUGACGGCUCCAUACCAAUGCAUGUCAUCAACACGUUCUGUUGGAUUACCUACACAUUCACCAUACCCGGGCAACAGCACCGACAAAUUGGCACCGAUGUGGCAGCUCACGGUUUGGGUAACGAACAUGGACAAGAGAAACGCUUUCACAGCUACUAUCAAUGGGUGCCAUUCGUAUUGUUCUUCCAGGGCCUCAUGUUCUACAUGCCACAUUGGAUUUGGAAGAAUCUGGAGGAUGGCAAAAUGCGCAACAUCACCGAAGGCCUGCGCGGCUUCAUCACCAUACCCGACGACUAUCGCAAGGAUCGUCAGGCGCGUAUCAUUAAAUAUCUGAUGGACAGCUUGAAUUCGCAUAACGGCUACUCGUUCGCUUACUACUUCUGUGAGGCAUUGAAUUUUGCCAAUGUCAUAUUGAAUAUCUUCUUGGUUGACAAGUUUUUGGGCGGCACUUUUAUGACUUACGGCACAGACGUGAUUAAGUUCUCAAAUAUGGAUCAGGAGCGCCGCUACGAUCCGAUGAUUGAAAUAUUUCCACGCUUAACCAAGUGCACCUUCCGCAAAUUCGGUCCGGGCGGUUCACCACAGACCCACGACACUUUGUGCGUAUUGGCAUUGAAUAUUUUAAAUGAGAAGAUUUACAUUUUCCUGUGGUUCUGGUUUAUUAUUUUGUCGGUGAUCUCCGCCAUAGCACUGGUUUACUCACUCGUCGUCAUAAUGAUGCCAACUACACGCGAAACCAUCAUCAAGCGUUCAUAUCGUUCGGGACAAAACAAGGAAAUUCAAAGUUUAAUACGUCGUUUGGAUAUUGGUGAUUUCCUCAUUUUACACUUUUUGGGACAGAAUGUCAACACUAAGUACUACUGCGAAAUGAUACAAGAGCUCUGCAACAUACUCGGCAGUUCUCGCACUCCUUCGGCACCAUCCACAUUGGAAAUGCAUCCCAUGUAUCCGCAAACAGAUCGCUUCGGCAAGGAGACGGAGACAUAAAUGCAUUUCCCCUGCAAGACUUUUGCUCUGGCAGAGCAAAACAAUGCCUAGCAAUCGAAACGAAAAUAGGCAACCGUGGAAGAAAUACAAAAGUAAAAACUUUAAAGCAGUUUAAGCGCCAUUUUAAAAUAAAAUACAAAUAAAAAUUUAAUGAAGUGAAGCAAUGCAAACACAGCAGCAAUCGGCAAAUGUUGUGUUACGAUGUGUUUAAGUCUGCAAAACUGACAGGUCGCAAUACAUCGCUUUCACAUAUGCCCUACCUUAAUUGAUGAUAUACCUUGGAUCCUCUCCAGAGCAACAACAACAAACUCAACAACAAUGCCUGCAUCAAAAUUGGUGUAUACUUAAAUUUAAGACUGUCUUUUUCGGUUUUUGACAAAGCAAAAAAUUAAAAAAGGAAGAAGAAAAAAAUAGUGUAAUUUUAAUUCAAACAGCGGCAACAUAACACAGCCAAGCAAAAAUAAGAAUAUUUGCUUGUUAGCUGAGAAAAUGAAAAAAAAUGAAAACCCAACAAAAAUUGUCAGCGCAUCAGUGCAAUUAUUACACUUCGUAAUCCUAUUGAAAGAAACAUCGAAAAUGUCGAUCACGAAAAUUAUCUAAAGCACAAAUAAUAUAUAGAAUUUAUUAAAUACAAAAACAAAAUGUUUAAUUAUGCUCGAAGCCAAUAUGAACGCAUACCAUAUACAGUGAGUGUUACUAAAAAUCGUACAGCGAUUUUUUGGAAAAAUUUUCGCAUUUAAUUUUUUUUUUGUAUUAAUUUAAUAACAAAUUAAAAGCGAUUCAUACACAAACCAUUUCUAACAGAAAUAGCAUAAAACACAAUCUUGACAAACAGAAUAUAAAAAAAUGUACGAAAAAUUGCUGCUAAACUUAAAAAAAUUUGAAGAUUUUGCGAAAUUUACUCUUUUCGUUUUAAUUUAAUAACAAAUUAAAAACGAUUCAUAAACAAGCCAUUUAUAAGAGAAACAGUAUAAAUGAAAAAAUUAAACUAAAAAAAAAAUUGAUAAAUUGCUUUUAAAUUCAAAAAAAAAAAUUGUAUACUGAUUUUUUAGAAUUUUUUCGGUUAUGCAGUUUUGUGUCUUAUUAAAUUUUAGCAAAAUUUCAGUUAUAAGCUUGGACUAGCUGCUUUGAAAAGUUGUCUACUAUUAACACAAAUAAGUUAUACUUUUUUGCCGAAUAUGGUUCAUAUUUUUACAAAACAAAGAAAAUGAAAAAAAAAAAUGAAAAAAAAAAAAUUACAAAUAAAAGUAACAAUUGCUGUAUGUAUGUAUGUGCGAAAAUCAUAUUCCCUAUUUGCUUCCAUUUUCAUAUGUACUUUUACUUUUUAUAUGUAUGUAUGUGCAUUUCUUAUUUAAUCUUUUUAGUUCAUAAAUGAAAUAUUUGUAACUUGUGAGUAAGACUUUAGCUUUUACUUAAUUGAUCUUUUACUUUGUACGCAUAUAAAGAAGAGUUGGAAAUUUUAAAAGCAAAAAAAUUCAAAAUACAUUCGUUAAUGUGUUUAGAUAAGCGAAACUUUAGAAAUUCAUGUACGAAAAAAGUGAAUAUUGUGAUUAUUGAUAGGCAGACUUCUUUAAAUAAAUUUUUUCUAUUUUAUGAAGCGAUA